UUCAACAUUACUAAAGAACAUGGAUAUGAAUAGAGAGACAGAAACAUUAAUUGUUGGAAGAGUGAUAGGAGAUAUACUUGAUCCCUUCACAAGAAGAAUUUCUCUCAGAGUUAGUUACGGUUCAAGAGUUGUCGGUAAUGGCUUAGAAUUUAAGCCCUCAGCAGUUGUGGAGCAGCCCAGAGUUACAGUUGGUGGGAAUGAUCUCCGGACUUUCUACACUCUUGUCAUGGUAGAUCCAGAUGCUCCAAGUCCAAGUGAUCCUCAACUUAGAGAAUACUUACACUGGUUAGUCACGGAUAUCCCUGCAACAACAACAGCAACAUUCGGAAGUGAAAUAGUGUGCUAUGAGAGCCCACGCCCAAGUCUAGGCAUACACCGUUUUGUCUUCGUGUUGUUUCAUCAACUAGGCCGACAGACAGUUUACGCCCCUGGCUGGCGUCAAAAUUUCAACACCCGUGAUUUUGCCGAGCUCAAUAAUCUUGGCUCGCCAGUCGCAGCCAUCUACUUUAACUGCCAAAGAGAGGCCGGCUCCGGUGGAAGAAGGAUGCAAGAUUGAUGAAUUUCCUUGUGUUUGUGCUUCUCCCAUCAGUUAUUCUCUCAC